AAUGAGUUCAACACAACAGGAAGAACAUGGAGCGAGAAGUCAGCGCUCUCAGGAGGCUGACAAACCUCACAGAAGGAAGGGAGAAAGAAAAUACACCUGUGAUCUGUGUGGGAAGGAUUUUACCUCGAAGAGUAAUCUAAAAAUGCACGAAGUCAUCCACACUGGAGAGAAGCUGUUCAGCUGUGACUUGUGUGGAAAGUCUUUUACCCAGGCUGGAAGCUUAAAAACACACCAACUCAUCCACAGUGGAGAGAAGCCGUUCAGCUGUGACUUGUGUGGAAAGUCUUUUACCCAGGCUGGAAGCUUAAAAACACACCAACUCAUCCACAGUGGAGAGAAGCUGUUCAGCUGUGACUUGUGUGGCAAGUCUUUUACCCAGGCUGGAAACUUAAAAACGCACCAACUCACCCACACUGGAGAGAAGCCGUUCAGCUGUGACUUGUGUGGAAAGUCUUUUACCCUGGCUGGAAACUUAAAAACGCACCAACUCAUCCACACUGGAGAGAAGCCGUUCAGCUGUGACUUGUGUGGAAAGUCUUUUACCCUGGCUGGAAACUUAAAAACGCACCAACUCACCCACACUGGAGAGAAGCCGUACAGCUGUGACUUGUGUGGAAAGUCUUUUACCCUGGCUGGAAACUUAAAAACGCACCAACUCACCCACACUGGAGAGAAGCCCUACAGCUGUGACUUGUGUGGAAAGUCUUUUACCCUGGCUGGAAACUUAAAAAUGCACCAACUCACCCACACUGGAGAGAAGCCGUUCAGCUGUGACGUGUGUGGAAAGUCUUUUACGCUGGCUGGAAACUUAAAAAAGCACCAACUAACCCACACUGGAGAGAAGCCCUUCAGCUGUGACUUGUGUGGAAAGUCUUUUACCCUGGCUGGAAACUUAAAAAUGCACCAACUCACCCACACUGGAGAGAAGCCGUUCAGCUGUGACUUGUGUGGAAAGUCUUUUACCCUGGCUGGACACUUAAAAACACACCAACUCAUCCACAGUGGAGAGAAGCCGUACAGCUGUGAUCAGUGUGGUAGAGCUUUCACUCAGAGUAGUAGCUUAAAGAAUCAUCAAGUUACCCACUCUGGAAUUAAGGCAUACAGCUGUGACUAUUGUGGAAAAACUUUCAGCCACAUAGAGAGCAGAAAUAUACACCUACGUAUUCACACUGGACAUGAUGUGUACAGCUGUGAUCAGUGUGGCAAAAAGUUUGGAACAGACGCACAGUUACAAUCCCACAUGUUUACCCACACUGAGGAGAGACCUCAUAAAUGUGACCUGUGUGAUAAGACUUUUAAAGCUCCACAGCACCUGAGAGCACACCAACAGAUC